UUUGAAAAAGUUUGAUUGUCUCUCAUCGUUUUUUACUUGUUUUUAGUCUAUUUUGAGAUAUUUCCUUAUUAAAUUUUGACAAAAGUGAAUGUUGAGUCAUGUCUGAAGCUGAAAAGAUGGAUAAUUUUACGGAAAAUGACGAAAAUAUGAAUCUUGCGCUUCCGAAAAGCAAAAUUCAUGACAAACGUUUCGACGAGUUGUUCCAACAAACUUGCAACUUUUCGCGGUGUGUUGCUGCCUUAGACGAGGGCCAUGGAGAGUUCCACGAGACUCCCGAUUACAUCAAAGGCGGCGAAAUGCGCGACUACCAACUCCGUGGACUAAAUUGGAUGAUAACGUUGUACAAGAACGACAUAAAUGGCAUUCUCGCUGACGAAAUGGGACUCGGAAAGACACUGCAAACGAUCUCGAUGAUUGGUUAUCUCAAGCAUUUCCGUAAAAUCGAUGGUCCGUUUCUCGUUGUUGUGCCAUUGACGGUCGUGCAAAAUUGGCUGAACGAAUUCGCGCAUUGGUGUCCCACAAUUCGCACCGUGUCGAUAAUCGGGCACAAGGAAACUCGCAAACGACACAUCCAAAAGGUAGUUUUGGCGGGAAAUUGGGAUGUUUGUGUGACGUCGUACGAAAUGUGCAAACUGGAAAAGUCUGUGAUGAAAAAGUUUCAUUGGCAUUACCUGGUUGUCGAUGAGGCGCAUCGAAUAAAGCGCGAAAGCACGGGAUUGUCGUUGAUUUUGCGAGAAUUUCGUUCGGAUUAUCGUCUUUUGUUGACAGGCACGCCCUUACAGAACAAUUUGCACGAAUUAUGGGCAUUGCUGAACUUUUUGUUGCCGCACGUGUUUGACAGCAGCGAGGAUUUCGACACGUGGUUCAACACGGAAAAUUGUCUCGCCGAUUCCGGAAUCGUGGAGAAGCUAAAGGAGAUGAUCAAAGCUCUUAUGCUGCGUCGCAUCAAAAAUGACGUCGAAAAAUCGCUUUUGCCGAAGGAAGAGAUCAAAUUGUACGUCGGAUUGUCGGAAAUGCAGCGCGAAUGGUACAAAAAAAUCCUGCUUCGAGACAUCGAUGUCUUCAAUGGACUCGGCGAGAGACGUAAGAAGCAACUCGUGACGUUGAUGCAACAUUUGCGUCAAUGUUGCGAUCAUCCGUUCAUUUUUGAAGGCGCCGAAGGCGAAGUAAUCGUCACAGAUCAACGCAUCAUCGACAACAGCGGCAAAAUGGUCGUUCUCGAUAAAUUACUGCACAAAUUGCGCAAUGAAGGUUCUCGCGUUCUAAUUUUCUGCCAAUUUCUCGGAAUGAUGGAUAUUUUGGAGGAUUAUUGUGCGUGGCGCGGUUACGAGUAUUGUCGCUUGGAUGGCAGCACAAAAGAAGCAGAACGCACAAAAUUAAUUGCAGAAUUUAAUGCACCGAACAGCAAAAAAUUCCUUUUUCUCAUUUCAACUCGUGCUGGCGGUCUCGGAAUUAAUCUCACGACUGCUGAUAGCGUCGUCAUUUAUCACUCCGACUGGAAUCCGCAAGCGGAUAACCAAGCAAUUGAUCGUGCCCAUCGUAUCGGACAAAAGAAACAAGUUCGCGUCUUUCGUUUAAUCGCUGAAAACACAAUUGAAGAGCGAAUUGACGAACUGGCUCAGAUAAAAUCGCGUCUCGAUCAAACCGUUAUUCAUGGCAGAGACUCGAAAAAUCCCUCGGCGGCGGAUCUCAUGAAAAUUGUGCGUCUCACAUCGAUGACGAUGCAGGGAAAUGAGAUUGUUGACGACGACAUCGACACAAUAAUUGAGAAGGGAGCACAAAAAGCUGCUGAACAAGAGAAAAAAUAUCGCGAAAUGAAGGAAAGUGACUUGCGGAACCUCAUUGCGACCGCAACGGAAGAAGCAAAAGCAAAAGAAUAUACAAUUCUGAAGUUCGAAGGUGAAGAUUAUCGCGAAAAACGUAAAUUAGCGGAGACACAAGAGUUGCUGGAUGCUCUGCAGUUACCGCCACGCCGUUCAAAGAUCAUGGCAAAGGAACAAAUUUGGCAAUCGGCAAAGAAAUUAAAGUUGGAGAACGUGUCAGAGUCAAAAGACUCGCCAAAACCUGAUGAAAACGCAAAGAGAAAUAUUUUUGUGCCCAUGUUGAUGUUGAAGAAAAGUGAAAAUUAAGUAAAAAAAAAAUUAUUAACCGUGCUAAAAAUCCACAAAUCUUUUAAAGAGUAUUUUUUUCGUGUACUAAAAUCACUCUUUGAGUUGAAAAUUAUUAGUUUCUGUGUAAAAAUGCUCGUUUCUUCAGCAAAAUAAGCGUUGAAACACAAAAUUUAUUGCAUUUAAUGUAUAAAAACAAUUGUAUUGCAUUUUCCUUUCGAGUGCACUCAACAACGACAGCAGCGAAUGACAAAUGUGGAUUAAAUGAGUGGAAUGUUGUUUGAAAUUUAUACGAAUUUAUUUCUUCGUUGUAAAUAAAAAAAUAUCCUCGUAUGUAAUUGAACCUCAUUUGGAGCGGAAUAAAAGCAAAAAAUAAAACUUUUAGUCGAUUACACAAAAAAAUGUCAAACGCAAGAAAAUUUUUUAAAAUUCGACUGUAAAUUAAAAAAAAUUAUCCCAACGCACGCCAAUAAAUCCUGUAACACUAUUAAUUACGGAAAACAAUGAAACUGAAGUCCAUUUCAACAGUCACGAAUAAUGGCAGUACCUGAAACACAAAGUAAAUAAUAAUGAAAGACUUGUACUCAAAUAAAUUGCCUCGAAGACACGAGAAAGCAGGAAAUAACAGUCAUUAUGUUGGAGCGAUGAAAAUGUA